AUGUCUUAUCCAGCCCAGUGGGCUGCUAUCAAUAAAGUGGUUCAGGACCGUUUCCCAGAGCCAUCCUAUGCCCCCCAAGUUGCACAGGCUUAUCAUGACAAAGCCCAAAUCCUGGCCGCCUCGCCUUACAAAGAUCACGGCUGGAACGUUGUGCGGCGCCUCAAGUGCCUCAGUGUAAUCGAGGAAGAGCUCGAGUCCCGAAAUGACCCUCAACUGAGCAAUGUCAAGGCAAUUAUCUCGGCUUAUAAGCGGGAUGCAGAUGACAGACUCCGUUGCGAGCCUGGACCUGUGUCGUAUUGGGUCCAGGGAAACCCUGUGGGCGACGUGCCAAGAUAUUUUGACUGGGCUGAGUGUCUGGAGCUUCAGCAACAGGCAGUAGGACAUGGUGGCCUUUGGAUUGAGGGUACUGAUUUUGCGGGUCCGAUACCUCUUCGUACUUUCUCUGCAAACCCACCAUUUCCGGGACAGUUUUCCCUAGCAUUCAAGCCACCAGGAAUCCCUAAAGACCAAUUCUACGGAUUGGAUUUCGGUACUGAAUUCCGAGUGGAUGACAUCAAGGCGCUAUUGAGCUCUCCAAUCGGUGUGCCCAUGCCCCGGUUCCUGCUGAGCGAGAAUGAAACCACCCUGCUGGUCUCUCCCGAUGUCAUGAAAGAGAUUGAAAAACUGUCCAAGGCAGAUAUCUCCUGCGGGUACAGCGUUUUUCAUUGUGGAGAGGGGAUACUCAGGGCUUAUCGUACUGUGGUUCUUGAGGUUUGUCUGGCUAAACCAGAUGUUGUCUCUGCGGACUGGGCCUGGAAUACCACCCGUUGUGCUGUUUGCCCGAGUCUGGGGGCAAAUGAGGUUCGGAUGUCGUACAUUAUGAACUAUCAGUCGGCGAGGAAUGAGUUGAUUGCGUGGGAACUCGAGGAUGAUACUGGCGAGCAAGCAGUCUUGGAUCGGUUGCUAGCGUGA